AUGUUUGACACGGACCGUACCCCCAGGACUUCCAACGGUUACGAUCGCGCUCGAGCAGAUGGCGAGUCCGACGUCACUGCUCUCCACUACUGCAACAAGUCCUUGUAUGCGAGUCUCAUCGUCCUUUCGCUCAUCCUUGUGGCGGUCGGCGUCACGCUCGGAGUCCUGUCAAACUCCAGUCAAAGUUCAAAUGUGACGUCGACCCCGGCUGAGCACGACACUUCAAGUGGAACUCAAGACAAUACCCACGUAAGUUUCGACAAUUUUACGCACAUGAAUCUUAACGGGACAAAGUCGGUACAAACCGAUGAAGAAGUGGAUGAGGAACUCACUGCGACAUCUGGCAGUCUCCCUCUGGUGGCGGUUGAAGACAUUGAUGCUGAUUAUCCUGUUGUUCAAUGGGAUACUUUCAAUGACUCGGGAUCGGCCGUCGAUGCUAUGAUUGGAGAAGUUUCGUCUCAGCUGAGCUCGUCGCCGUCGAGUGAUAAGUACUCGAGUGAUGUUGGUGUUACUCUAGCUAUUGAUCCUGGUACAGCUCCAGCUAUUACUCCAGUUAAAGCUUCUGAUGGGUUCUCUGCUGUUGCUUCAGUUAAAGCUUCAGCUGCUUCUUCUGCUAUUGCUUCUGGUGCUGCUCCGGCUAAAGCUUCAGCUGCUUCUUCUGCUGUUGCUUCUGGUGCUGCUCCUGCUACAUCUUUGACUACUGCAAACACCGGUAGGACUACUGCUACUGUAGCUGCUACCACUUCGGCUAAGGGCGCUACUGGUGUUGCUACCACGCCUGCUACUGCUGCAGCUGCAACUGCUGCUAAAGACCCGGCACCAACAAUAGUUGAAUCUACUUUACCGGAUUCGUUAGAGGAGACGCUCAGUUAUAGUGUCGUGGACUAUGAUUGGAAGGACGCGUCCCAGUGGGAAUAUGCGAGUGGAUCGGCCGUGUCAAGAACCAGUGAUAUGAUUACAAGCGGCGGGAUUCGACUCACGCCUGAAAACAGUGCCGAACCAAUCCGUACUAUUGAAGGAUGGAGCGGUGAAAAAGUCGUGUUCAUCGAGUGGGAACGCACGAGCUCGAGUGAUACCAACAUUUGGAUGUUAAACACAAAGUUGCAGUCGCAAUUCGGCAAGGGGAACGGGUGGCCGUACUGGGGCGAGCUGGAUCUAUUCGAGAUGUUUUCGCAGGACGCUGUCGAUGUUCCAGCUAACGACUACAGUGGAUUUGGAGGCUUUUCCGCCGUGUCGAGUUACGGCCAAUCGACACUGCACAUGGGACCUGCUACCGAGAACGGCAGUCCUUGUUUCUGCCCUGCGCAACCUUCCAAGAGUUCGUGGUACGGCAACACGCAACCCAUGACGUCGGGCUGCACGGCCCAGUUUUCGAAUGACGAGUCAAACUCCAUCGCAGCGGUGUGGGGCUCCGACGCUACGGGCCAGUUCAUUCAGAUCAUCCAGAAACCAACCAUUACCAAAGGUGGCAAACUUGCGGGAGUCGAUACGUACGAUAUUGCAACCGGUAGCGGUGGCGUCACGUCCAAGAUUUACAAUAAUGCCGAACUCUUCUGGGGCAUAGACGCUUCAGACGCGUGCGCCAAAGCUGGCGGUCACGAUGCGACGAACGGGUUUCCUUUCUUCGAGAGCUUUCGCAUUGUUUUGGAGGAGCAGAAGAAGAAUGACAAGAGCGCGUCUUUUACCGUCACGAACAUCCAGAUCUUCACCAAGAACUAG